AAACGACCCUCCACGCGCGCGCGCUUUGUUGUGCGAGAAAUUUAAUAAAAUUCGUGUUCACGGUCAAAAUUUGCUUGUUUUGAAGCGAUGAAUGUAACCUAAGCUUUCCGAGAGACAGGAGGCCAACUAUUGGAUUAUUUAGCGAGAUCUGUGUGGAAGAAACAUGAGUAAAAGUGGCGAUAUAUCGCAGGAGGAAGUUGGGCUGCUUCGAGCCGCGCGUGCUGGGAACCUGGAGAAAGUGAAAAAUUACCUGAAUCAGGAUGUUGACAUCAAUGUGACAAAUUCUACGGGAUUAAAUUCGCUACACUUGGCUUCUAAAGAAGGCUUCACAGAUAUUGUGCAAGAGCUGGUCAAUCAUGGAGCUGACGUCAAUUCAAAAACUAAGAAAGGCAACGGUCCUCUGCAUAUUGCAUGUUUGGCUGGGCAGUCGAAAGUCGUUGAGUUGCUCCUGAACAAAGGUGCAAAUGUGAACUUGAAAGCUCAGAAUGGCUUUACUCCUUUGUAUAUGGCUGCCCAAGAAAAUCAUGUUGAAACAGUGAAACUACUCCUUGCCAAUGGUGCAAACUUGCAAGCUUUGACUGAGGAUGGUUUUACAGCACUGGACGUCGCUGUCCAGCAGGAUCAUGAGACGGUCGUUGUUGCUCUUUUAAGAAGCGAGAAGAGGAAAGGGUUCCAUGCCUUACACGACGCUGCUAGAAAAGAUUUGACGAAGCCGAUGAAGUUUCUCAUUCAGAAAGGGCAUUCCGUUGAUGUCAGGGCACCAAACGGCUUCACACCUCUUCACAUUGCUGCCAAGUACAACAGCACAAACGCCGCAGUCCUACUCGUCAACAGCGAAGCCGAUAUCGACGCACUCACUAAGACCUAUGCUAUUACUCCGUUGCACGCUGCCUCCAAAUUUGGUCAUGCAAAUAUGGUCACCGUUCUUCUUCAAGCUGGAGCAAAACCCGACAAACCAAACAGGGAUGGUUUGACCUCACUGCAUUGCGCAUCACGUGAGGGACACGUGGCUAUCGCAGAAAGUCUCCUCAACUGCAAUUCAAAUAUCAUCGCUAGAACCAAGAAUGGAUUAACACCGUUGCACCUGGCAGUUCAAGGCAACCAUUCAAAGACCAUCGAGUUAUUAAUCGAACAUGGAGCACCUUUAGAUUCUGUCGCUGUGGACGGAUUGUGUCCAAUUCACAUUGCAGCUCAUUAUGGAAACGUUGAAGCGACCGAAGUUUUACUUGCAAAAGGAGUUGACACAGAUUCACGAGCCAGAAAUGGCUUCACUCCGUUGCACAUUGCCUGCAAGAAGAACCAUGAGCCCGUUAUUCAUCUCUUACUCAAAUACGGAGCAAACAUUAAUGCUGUGAAUGAAGGUGGUCAAACUCCAAUGCACGUGGCCGCGUAUUAUGGUAAUGUCUCUGUCGUCGUCAUGUUGUUACAAAAUGGCGGCUCACCAGAUGUCACGAAUAUGCGAGGGGAGACGGUUCUUCACAUUGCCUGUAGAAUACGAAACAUCAAUAUAGUUCGUCUGUUGUUGCGGAAUGGUGCGGCCGUUGAUGCGAAGACGCAGUCCAGAGAAACUGCUCUUCAUAUUGCUGUCAAAACGAAGAAUCUUGAGAUGGUUAAACUGUUGCUGGAUCACGGAGCUUCAUCUGAAAAUAUCGACAGAAACAAAUGCACUCCGUUACAUCUUGCCGCGAGAAAUGGCGAUGAUGAAAUUGUUCAAGUUCUAUUUGAACACAAGCCUCCAUUGAUGGAACUGAACCAAAAAGGUUUUACUCCGUUACACGAAGCAGCACGCCAUGGUCACGUGAAAACAGUUGAGAUUUUGUUACAUCACUAUCCGUCCCCUGACCCCCCUGGAAAGCAUGGAAUGACACCAUUGCACGUGGCCUCCCAUUACGAUCACGUGAAAGUGGCUUUGCUCUUGUUAAACAAGAACGCUUCGAAAUAUGCAACGACAAAGAAUGGUUUCACUCCUCUCCAUAUUGCCUCGUUACGUAAUCAAAACGAUGUGGCCGCAAUAUUACUGGAGCAUGGAGUCGAACCAGACACAAAGACAAAGACUGGCGUGAGUCCGCUUCAUUUGGCUGCAAAGGAAGGUCACGUUGCUGCGGCCUCGAUGUUACUGGAGCAUGGGGCGAAUCCUAGCAUUCAAACCAAUAAUGGCCUUACACCAUUGCAUGUUUGCGCCAGAUACAAUCGUGUCGAAGUUGCCAAAUUACUGUUGAAAUAUCGGGCUGAGAUUAAUGUUCAAACUAAAAGUGGGUUCUCUCCGCUCCAUAUCGCUUGUCACUGCGGCCAUUACGAGAUCGCUAAGCUGUUGCUGGAACAAGAGGCAAAUGUCGAGGUGACGACCGCGCAAGGUUAUAUGCCUCUUCACUUUGCUGCCCAGCAAGGACACGUUAUGAUCAUUGAACUGUUGCUAAGCUACAGCGCCCCGCCUGAUGCAGUUACCAAGGAUGGAUUUACUGCGCUCUACAUCGCUCAGUACUUAAGCAAAACAGUCACAACUGUGGAGUGGAAACACAUUUUGGAAAUGCUGUUGAGAGUGACAACAACUCAAGUGUCAAUUACCGUGUUGGAAAGAGUUGAGCCUGGUUUGGAAGUCAAGCCCGUUGAACUGCCGGAAGAACUGGAUGACGAUGAAUCAAGCGAAGGAAUGGUGACCUUGGAGGAAGAGGAGAUUGAUGAAGAAAACCAAUCUCACGUCAGCGAAGAAGUUUAUCUGCAGUCAUUUAUGCCAGAUGUUGGCAGCAUGAACGUUGGCGGCGAGAAAAAAGCCAAUCCAAACGAGCUAUCGGCGCGCAGCACUCCGGACUCGUCGUAUCACGAGCAUUUCCGAGACAUCUCUUCCCCAAUAAGCCCGUUCAAGUCGGAGGACGAUCGGACGCACUCGCAGCUCUUCGAAGAUGACGUUGUCAUCGUAUCCAACUCAUUUAACGUCGAAUCCUCGCCAAGUUAUAACUUUGAAGCUUCUGAUUUAGAUAAAUUACCGACGGAUAAUGUAACUCGCGGACCGCCGAAAUCCGGAGGAUUCCUAAUUAGCUUCAUGGUUGACGCGAGGGGCUGUGAAAUGCGCAGUAGUGAGACUGGUAUAAAAAUGACUGUUCCAGCUCAGAGCUGCAGAAUGCCAACAAGAAUUACGUGUCGUCUGCUAAAGUCCAUAAAGCAAUCAUUGAUGCCACCCAUAGCUGACCACGAGGCGAAGGCUUGUCGGAUAAUCAGUUUAGCUCCAAAUGGAGUAAAGUUUAUAAAACCAGUGUCUUUAGAAGUUCCUCAUUUUGCUUCCUUGCGCAAUGGCGAGCGAGAGUUGGUCAUAUUGAGCUCUUUUGAUGGCGGCCAAAAUUGGAAAGAGUUGGCAGUUGAGAACGGCUCAGACCAAGAAGACAUAAGCAUUGAUACACAACACGUUAAAAUUUCAUUGACUGAAUUUCCGGGAAGAAUUGCGGUCAUUUCAAGAUUGAAGAAAGAGACGUUUGUUACGGGUAACAAGGGUGAUUUAAUCAAAUCCCACAAUAUCCCGCAGUGCACUGUCAAUAUCCCCGAAGGAGCUGUUAGUCCUGGUACCAUGUUACAUUUACAGGUCCAACCUGUCGAUGAACAUUUCAAUGAUCAGCAAGAUGGAGCAGCCAUUAGUACCAUCAUAAAACUUGGCCCAAGUGACGUCGCGUUUUCACGUCCUGUUACGAUCUCAUUUCCGACGCCGUCCUACACCCGACGACACGAUUACGGAGAUUCCCCGGGCCAGCAUGUACUUACGUAUCUCACUGGCGCGCCUGGGUCAGACUGGAGUGAUAUCACGGCGUCAACACCUUUGAAAGUUAUCAACGGUUGUGCCACCUUUACGGCUGAGGAGCCUGGCAGAUAUUGUCUUGUCGACACCUUCAACGACUCGGACGUAACAAAGGACACAAGAUUAAUGUUCAAGAAAUUAAGUUCCGUUCCAUACAUGGCCAAGUUUGUCGUUUUUGCAAAAUUAUCAGCCGACGGAAAUUCAGCAAAGUUGCGAGUAUUUUGCAUGACUGAUGAUAAGGUUGAUAAAACCUUAGAAACGCAAACAGGUUUCACCGAGGUAGCUUGCAGUAGGAACAUUGAGAUCUGCGAAGGACAGACCGUCUUCUUCCAUUGCCAGGGGAACAUGACCACUCAGCUUGAUGAUGCUUUGCAACUUAACUUCUUUGCUUUUCGAGAAAACCGUUUGCCAUUCUUUGCUCACGUCGUUGAUCCAAAUGAGCCAAUGAAAAUGAAGCUUGUGGUCAUUUUGAAUCCCAGACGAGAUCGGAACGGCAAAGUACAUGCCGCUUGUGCGUUGGAUAUCAAUUUAUCUUCUGAAAAUAUCGGGCGUGACACAGGUGUGCAGGAGAUCACCGAAGAGCUGAUGCAAUUGAUCGCAAAAGAUCUCGGUGAUGAUUGGAUUGCUUUUGGACAGCAGGUUGGAUUAGACGAUCCAAAACUACAAGAUAUCCUUGAUUUAAACAACCGUAGUACCGAAGCCUCGGCAACGGAAGUUAUAAAGAUAUGGAAGGACGAGCGAGGGCCUGAGGCGACGAUGGAAAACUUGGAGUCUCAUCUCCAGGCUAUCGGCCGUGCAGAUAUCCUAAAGAACUUCAAGCGUUUGGCAUACUCUAGCUACGGAACACGGGAUCGGUUACUGGUCACUGAAAUACGAAGACCAGUUAAUUCCGAACACACAAAUGGUUUCGUUAACGGCCAUGAUAAUUUCCUUAUUGAUCCAUCUUCUGAAUUGUCAGUUGAGGAGAAACGGUACUCGGGUUAUAACGAAGAGCCGACGGAGGCUCACGAAGAACGACAGGCCGAAAACUCGGAGGAAAAAGACGACAAUGUUAUUCAAGGAAUGUUUUCAGAUAACGAGGAAAUUUUGAAAUUUUUUGAGGACGGUGUUGCCGGAAAUACUGAGACGGAAAUAGAUUAGAAACUGCCCCCCCUAGCUAGGUAGUUAGAUAUAUUCAUUUACAUUACCUCAUAUGGUAUAGACGGGGGGAGGAGGAUUUAUGUGGUGUAAAAUGUCUUGAAGAAACGGUCACUACCUUAAAGAGUGGGGACUAAUUUUUUUAUUUAAUUUAUUCGUUUGUUACCCUGAUCUCUAAAGUGCACACUGGACAUGACGGUUUGAUUAUUUAGGGGAUAACGUUUACCUCAAAUUGAUUGCUUGGGACCUGUUCACAUCAUUCCGCUUAGCCGAAAUAUAACGAAGCGUCAAAUGACUUUUGAGGUAUUGAAAUAAGUGUAUAACAUGAUCCUGGUAGUCGUGUAGUCAUCCUGACAAAGCAUAUGUUUGUUUCGUUUCAUAAAGACUUAUUUCAAUACCUCAAAAUCAUCAUCGGGUCAUGUAAACAGCCCCUUAGGGCUUAGCUUAAGAGUGAUUUAUGUUGAAAGUAUAUCUAUUUAAUUGAAAAUGUUGUAAACAGUCCAGAGUGUUGCUUUAUAUGGAGAUCGGCUUGUAUAAGGAUAAAUUCUUCAAUCUUGACUUGACAAAAGGUUUACUUUUGCCAGAGCUCUAUUUAGAACGGAUUAGGAAUUUUUUAAUUUAUUCAACGUGUUAUAGAUAGAAACAUUACCUAUGAAAUAUUAUACUUCGCAUCAGCUGUA